CCAAUCAGUGAAGUUCUCGGUAAAGCACUGCCCAAAACAAUCAUGGCGGCGUUGAGCGUCCUGAGGGCUGCGGCGGCGUUUGCCGCCAGGAUAAAUCCCUUAAAACGGGCAAAUCAGUCGUCAGAUCUACUUUCCAGGGCAGUAGUGCGCUCAGAACAAGUUGCUGUCCGUUAUGGAAGCCAUGGGAAGAGAAUGUUUGUCAUCAAACCCACUGACUUUUAUGACAGAAGAUUUCUCAAUUUACUGCAAUAUUACAUCCUGCUCACUGGGAUUCCCGUUGCAGCGUUUGUGACAUUUGUGAAUGUUUUCAUCGGUGAGGCUGAAUUGGCUGAAAUCCCUGAGGGCUAUGAGCCAGAGCAUUGGGAGUACUAUAAGCAUCCCAUUACUCGAUGGAUUGCCCGGAACAUUUACGACAGCCCAGUGAAGGAUUAUGAGAAAAUGAUGGCACUUAUCCAAAUUGAGGCUGAGAAGGCUGAAAUGAGACAAAAACAACUUGAGGUUCGGAAGCACAUGAGAGCAAAAGGAGAUGGACCCUGGUUUUAUAUUGAUACAAUUGAUAAGAAUCUAAUCGACCAGAGCCCCAAAGCAACACCUGACAAUUAAACCUGGAGGGACAUCUGAUGAUCACCUCGAACCUGCCCGAACUAUUGUCAUUAUACAAUGUAUAAUGGAUACUGAUAUUUGUGCAAAUAUAUUUGUGUUCUUUUGCCACUGGCACCAAUAAAGUGUAGAAGCCAAA